AUGCAGGGGAGCAAGGAGUACUGUGGGCUCGAAGAUUAUGGCCUCGUGGGCGACAUGCACACCUGUGCCCUGGUCAGUAAGAAUGGCAGCAUCGACUCCAUGUGUUGGCCUGUCUUUGACUCUCCUUCCAUCUUCUGUCGCAUCCUGGACAAAGGAAAAGGCGGCCAUUUUUCCAUCACGCCUGGUCGUGGCCUUCAGAAUCCCUUAAGUAAACAGCGAUAUCGGCCCUACACUAACAUGCUCGAAACCCGCUGGAUCCAUGACGAGGGAGUCAUCAAUAUCCUCGACUAUUUCCCCAUCACCAAGCCCAAGCCGCUUGUGGGAGUUCAAGGACUGCCCGAAUGGUGUCACUGCAAUCAGCCCCAAAGUGCCGGCCAGACCCUGUCCUGCCAUUCGGGAUUGAUCCGCAAAGCCGAGUGCGUCCGCGGCCAGAUGGACAUCGAGAUCGAACUCUUCCCCGCCUUCAACUAUGCUCGCGAUACACAUACCGCUCAAUUGUCACAAGGAGACGGGGUCCACCUGGUGCAUUUCCAGACCGCGACCCAACGGCUCCAGGCCAGAAUCCUCGUGGACGAUGGAGAAUUGACCUCGACGGGCACACAGCUGACUCCGGAACUGCAACUGUCGGAGAGAGCCGGCCAUCUGGGUCCCGGCUUGGUGGGAACAGUUACCCUAAAGGAAGGCCAAUCGAUCACCCUCCUCCUCCAUGAUCAGGAAUCCAUCACUUCCAAUGCAUCGGUGCUGACUCCCGAGUUGAAACGAAUGGAGCGCACAACUGGAGACUUCUGGUCGGACUGGACAAGCAAAUGUACCUUCCGCGGACACUAUCGCGAGCAAGUGGAACGAAGUUUGCUGGUGCUCAAGCUGUUGACCUACAAGCCCACGGGCGCCAUCGUCGCUGCGCCCACCUUCUCUCUCCCUGAACACAUUGGGGGCAGUCGCAAUUGGGAUUAUCGCUACUCAUGGGUGCGGGACGCGGCUUUCACUGUCUACGUCUUCCUGAAGAACGGCUAUCCGGAAGAGGCGGAAUCCUACAUCAACUUCAUCUUCGAUCGCAUCUUCCCUCCUCUAACACAAUCUGCCAAGCCGGGCGAUCCGUUCUUACCCAUCAUGGUCACUAUCCACGGCGAACGAGACAUACCCGAGAUGGAACUCGAUCAUCUGGAGGGUUACCGAGGAAGCCGACCGGUGCGCAUCGGCAACGGGGCCGCCACGCACGUCCAACUCGAUAUCUACGGAGAGCUGAUGGAUAGCAUCUAUCUGUAUAACAAGCAUGCCGCAGACAUCUCCUACGACCACUGGCUCGCCAUCCGUCGCAUGGUCGACUUCGUCAUCGAAGUCCGUCACCAGCCAGACCAGUCCAUCUGGGAAGUCCGGGGCCCUCCCCAGAAUUUUGUCUACUCUAAAAUCAUGUUAUGGGUGGCGCUGGACCGUGGGGUUCGACUAGCAGAAAAACGAUCCAACCUUCCCUGCCCUGGGCGGGCUCGAUGGGUUCAAGAGCGAGAUGAUCUGUAUGAUGAGAUUAUGACCAACGGUUACAACGCCGAGAAGGGCUUCUUCUGCAUGAGUUACGAGAAUCGAGAUGCAUUGGACGCAGCGGUUCUCAUUGCUCCCCUCGUCUUCUUCAUCGCCCCCAAUGACCCUCGCCUGUUGAGCACGAUACAGAAGAUCAUGGAACCCCCCGCCCGGGGAGGCUUGAGUGUUGCCAAUAUGGUGUCGCGGUAUGAUACGGCUAAGGUUGACGACGGAGUCGGGGGCAAUGAAGGUGCAUUCUUGAUGGUGACAUUCUGGCUGGUCGAAGCUAUGAUGCGCGCCGCUCGAUCUAAAGCAUACCUUCCGCACAAUCAGUUUUUCAAACAGCUGCAACGGACAGCCACAUCACAAUUUGACAGCAUUCUGUCAUUUGCUAACCAUCUAGGCAUGUUCUCGGAAGAGGUCGCCACCUCGGGAGAACAGAUAGGCAACAUGCCUCAAGCGUUCAGUCACCUCGCCUGUGUCAGUGCUGCGAUGAAUCUGGGAGGAGGAGAGAAGUGA